ACAGUUAAGUGUCAACAAGUUUCCGCCCUACGUUUUAGGCCUGAUCAAUUGAUUUGCUGUAGAAAAGUCCAUGCAAAAUGAGUUGCUGUAGGCGAAGGAGACGCCGAACGCGUUCAGAAGGUUCAUGUCGGGAAUAUUGUGAUGUUACUCUGGAAGACUUCGCUAAUUCCUCCGUGAGCUUUGGACAUGCUCGGUUAAAGAAACCAAUGAGAAAUGUUUUAAGAGAAGUAAAAUCAUUGACUGAAGCAACUGGUAGUAAAACAUAUGAUGCUGCUGCUGAACAUUCAGAAGAAAAUGCUGAUAUGAAUCAAGAAGUACCUGUGAGACCUACACGGAGAAGAAGGAAAACACCCCCUGAGAGAAAUACCAGUACUGGUGUUAGAUAUCCAGUUGAUCUUUGGUUUCUUAUAUCAGAUUACAUUGAACCAGAGUGUGUUGGAAAAUUUGCAAGAUUAUGUAAAGAUUCCCUACAUGUUGUGCAGAUUGCACAGUUUUGGUUGUCUUUGUACAGAAGAUACUACAAACCAGGCACUCCUUUACCUGAAAAGCUGCAACCAGAAUCAAUGGUUCAACGGUAUGGGCUGAGAGCCAGAGUAAUAAGAGCUCUUUAUUACAUGCACAGACCAUUUACCCUCAGAUGUGCGAGUGCUACUCUCUCAAAAUCAACAGUGUUGAACAGAAAGGUUGUUCGCCAGUGGUAUCAGAUUAACUUGGGAUCAGGCUACUGGACAUACUACUUAAAAUUACAAGAUAUUAAUCAUACAAGCAAACCAAUAUCCUCGAACCUUGUUGAAGUGCUGGAUGAUAUCAUGAUCAAUAGAGAAGAAGGCUGCGUGACAAUGAUGAUCGAGUGCUCACAGUUCGUGCACUUGCCCCUACUUAUGGGAAUGGUGUUGAGAGAUAUAUCGGUUGUGUUGGGCACUGCACUCUUAGGUUCUCAGGCCCAUUUGCAGUUUACCUACAGUGUUGCUAACACAGGACCAGCUGUGUGUGUAGAUGUAGUUUACAUAGUAAGUUUAAAUUUUAUUCACUGGUGGAAUCCUUGUUACCCACAUGCAAAACACCCACUCCCCUGCAUAACUAUUGCUGACUGUAAAUGAAGAAUUGGAGGUGGAAUUACAGAAUGAAA